AUGAAUGAAACACCAAUGAAAGAUAUCCACGCCGUACGACGAAAUCCGGCUGCUACAACGCCUAAGAAAAUAUGUUUCUUUUGUGGAUUAAGCUGGCCACAUGUGAAUGUUUGUCCGGCAAAAGGGAAAACAUGCAACCAUUGUCACAAGCAAAACCAUUUUGCACGAUGCUGUAAAUCGAAAAUUUCAGCUGGACAGCGUGAAAGUAAGUUUCCUCAGAAAUCCAAUGAACGAAGAUCCCAAGUGAAACAAAUAGACGAACAAGGUACGAAUUCAAGCUCAGAUGAAUAUGUUUACACAAUAAAAAAACAAACCCCUGAUAGUAACAAAGUCGUUUUGACAUCUAUCACCACUUCACCAACAGGAGGAACUGUUAAUGAAGUUAACAGUGACUGUCGAAAACGAAAUUUCUACACCCAUAUUAAAAUCAAUGACAUAACUAUUCGUGUAAACAUUGAUUCUGGUGCCAGUGUACAUAUUAUCGAUAAUACUAGUUUUGAGAAAUUAACACGCCAGAACAACAUCCACUUGAUGAAAAGCAAAAUAAAACUUUUUGCUUUUGCCACUAACACACCCCUCGACAUCAAAGGGUAUUUCGAAGCUUCAGUUGAAUCAGGAACAAAAAUUACCACAGCCCAAUUUUAUGUGAUAAACACUGAUGCUGGAUGUCUAAUAAGUGGGAACACUGCAAUUGAUCUUGGGUUAUUAAAGCUAAACAAAAUUGCAUUUGUUACAUCUCGACCUGAAACCCAUCAACCUAAGAAAAAUGCUCCAACAAAUAGCAAGUCUAGACCUAAAAGAUUGAGAACCUUAUUUUCGAAAUAUGAUCAUUUAUUCCAAGGAAUCGGAAAAGUCCCAGAUUACAAAGUCCAUUCACACAUUGAUAAAACUGUCCAACCCACAAUUCAAAAAGCCCGCAGAAUCCCAUUUACAAUGAGAACCAAACUAUCAGAAGAACUGCGACGUCUUGAAUCAUUAGAUAUUAUUGAAAGUGUAACAAGCCCCACGUCGUGGGUAUCUCCCAUUGUUUGUUUCCCAAAACCCAACAAUCCCGACCUAAUUCGUCUUUGUGUUGACAUGCGUAUACCCAAUAAAGCCAUUUCACGGGAACGUCACCCUUCUCCCACAACUGAAGAUUUAAUUGAAAAACUAAAUGGUGCUGCAUAUUUCUCAAAACUUGAUCUAAGCUCUGGGGACCAUCAACUAGAGUUGGAUGAAGCUUCGCGUGACAACUACAUUUGCAACUCAUGA